AUGGUACUGCCCGGUAGAACAUGCCUGGAAAGCUACCUGCAGCGCUUCAAGGGUGGCUUUGGCCUCAGUGCCAAUAUUUUCAAUGCAUUAACUGAAAAGUCGAAGACCAUGGAUGUUUACAGUCGACAUGGUGGCCUCGUCAUCGAUGAGAUUAAGCUUUCCGAGCACCUAAAUGUAAAAUCAGCCGGCCACAUUGAAGGCUUUGUCGACCUCGGGGAUCAUACACCUGCUGACCAGAAGAAUGUGCUAGCAGACCAUGGCAUGGUUGUGCUGUUUCAACCAUUUACUGGAAACUGGACGCAAAUUCUUGGCGUUAUUGCCUCCAAGGGCAAUGUGAAAUCCGCGACACUGGCGAAAAUCGUUGUGGAAACGACUGUCCUUGCUGAAAAAGCUGGCCUCUUUGUAGACUGCAUAACAUGCGACGGCGCCACCUGGAAUAGGAGCAUGUGGCGGCUGUUUGGAAUACAGGGUUCUGCAAGCCACGUCCGGAACAGCACCAAGCACGCAGUCGAUCCGAAGAGGCAGCUGUUCUUUGUGUCGUAUUUUCCACACUUAAUGAAAAACGUGAGAAAUGGAUUUGUUGCGAAAGGGUACCUGACACCAGCUGGACAUGUCCACAGUGGUAUUGUUCAAGUAGCUUUCGAAGCAGAUCGCGAAAGUGUUACACUAAAGGUGAUGCCGAGCAUUACAAAUUCCUACAUUAAGCCGAACUGUUUCGAAAAAAUGAAGGUGGAUCUCGCAUUUCAGCUCUUCAGCGAUCAGGUCAUCAAAGGGCUUUUUGUGUACAGGGAGCGCAUUGAGUCUUCGUAUAGGACUGUGCAACCGACUGUAGAUUUUGUGAAAGAAAUGAAUCGCCUGAUUCGUGUCAUGACAUCACGGACAAGCGAAAAGGCGCUCAAGCCUUGCAGUCCAAACAUGCACUUUUUGAAAGGGCUUCUUGAGUAUUUGCAAGUGGGAGCAGCAUGCAAAACCAGCUGGUGGUGGUUUUCUUACACAAAGCACAGCUUCUGGACUAAGGGUUACCAUCAAGAGUACCCUUGA